GCAUCGGGGUUUGUUGUGAGUGACGUGAUGUCUGUAUAGGUCAGGGGAUUGCCCGUACGCUGGUGCUUUAAGCAUAUAAAGGACCAGCAUUUGGUCGGAAUGUGAUGCAACUACCAGUCAAUUUUGAGAAUCAUCUUCAAACCUUUCAUACCUCAUUACCUGAUCAAAGCAGCUAGAUAUUUCAAGAUGGCCGAGCUUGUUCCAUAUUUCGAUGGCAUGCAGCAAGGGCAGGGAUACAAUACCUACCUUCAACAAAUUGGUGUAGCAGAUGCUGUCACUAUCACUCCUGGUCAACCGGAGUCCGUCACUUACGACCUCUUCUAUAGUAGUGAAAGAAUCGAUGAUUACACAAAACUUGCACAGUCCUUAGAGAUAAGUGCUGGCGCUGCUAUUUCCGGCUGGGGACAGUCCUCCCAAAUCGACGCUGGCUAUCUUGAUCGGCUAAGUUUUGAAAGCAGUACGGUGACCUAUCAAGUCCAGGUGUCAUCCAGGCAGCAGGCAUCAAUCGGGAAUUCAUAUUCCUUCAAUCAGAUUAACACUGAUACCCCGAAUAAACUGUACGGAGAUCGUUUCAUUGCAGAUUUCAUUCGAGGUGGCCAAUACUUGCUCGCGCGUAAGCUUAUCACUGAGUCCUUAGACUUAUUACCUCCUGACACUUCUGAAAGAUCGGAGGUUGCUUUCUCAAUGUACGGAGUCACCGGCUCUGUCACAAAUGAAGUGAGAAGUGCCGUGGAGACAAUCAACAGACACUCUCGCGUUACUGUCUGGAUCCAUACCUCUGGAGGCGGAGGCCGGUCUGGAGUCAUCCACGCAGAGCCACACGACGGUGAAGACUCGCCUCUUUUUGCGAUCAAGGAAGGCGCAGACAACUUCUAUCAGGAAUUGAGGGAGGGAAAGCAUAGAUAUAGACGAUUUGCACUUCUGUGGAGAUACACCAACGUGCCGAAUUUCAACAAUGCAUUCACGCCUUUUGACUAUACUUUUGCCAAUCAGAGGAGCUGGUACCUAUUCGAAGACUUUACGCAGUACGACGCGUACCUUGAGCUCAUCAGGAAGAUCCCUGUUUCAAAGUUCAUCAACGGCAGAGAGCAACAAGCCGAGCUGUACGAAGAAGGGGCCAACAUACUCUCCGUGACCCGCAGCAAAGUCCAAGCCAUCAACGAAAACCCCGAGGAAAUAAAUUCCCCAAUCUCAUAUCCCAUCCCAGAGGACUACAAGAAAUUAGUGCUACUGGCCAUCAGGACAAUAACCAUGAUCGCCCAAGAACGAACCCUCGACAACGGCAGUUUCAGCGACAUUGCACUCCCCACCCUCCAAGGAAACGCCCGCACGCUCUUCAAAUUCCAGACCUACGACUUCGACACUGGAUUCGGAAACACGGUUGUUUCCUUCGGAAGACAGGGAACAUCAUUCGUAUGUCUGAGCGGCCAGCGCGUAUCCGACGGAUAUCAGGAAGAAAGCGUCUUCUGGGCAUUCGAAGACCCGGUUGAAGAAGUCUCGGAGCAACAGGUUCAUGUGGCCAGUAUGCGAACGAGAGAUUUACUUCUUUUGAGUCGGACGGAUCCUGGUCCCAGGCCUUUGUUUACGUUUUAUGCUAAGAGUAGUUGGUGA